UGUUGGACCGGGUUCGAACCUGGCCCGAACCUUGUGGACCUGAACCUGAGGUUCAGGUUCGAGGUUCGGGGGGUUGGGGAGCGAACCUGGAGGUGCGGGUUCGAGGUUCAGGCAAAUGUGCCCGAACCUGGACCGAACCGGACCCCGGCCAGACUAGGGCAAGGCUUCGAACGAUGGAUGGAUGGGAUGGGAUGGGGUCGAAGUCGCAUCCAUGAUAAAUUCCUAUUCUACCACCAGAACAAUCCUGAUGACAACCUUGGGCCUAUCACUCAGUCUCUACCGUGGGCACGGUCAAUGAGGAGGAAUGGAGAGUCUUCCAAAUUUCCGGGAUAUUCCAUAUCAUCAACAUUCCGAGCCCUACCUGAAGCAAGAAAUCUCAUCAAGCAAACAUACAGUGUUCAUGUCAACCUACCCGCAGAUCAACCUAAAGGUAUUACACAGAAAUGGCACCUUACUGCCUAUUUCAGCCAAGAUACACUUGAAUCUCUGCAGACUGUGGACUCUAUCCCAGGGGUUGGAGGCAUGCUACCACCUGAAGGAUGGUUUUGGAGUGCAAGGACAAGAAGAGGACCCAGCAGAAAUGGCCUAAAAUCCUUGACAUAUUCUCCUCUAUCAUCUUAUGACCUAACUUCCCCAUACUUGCUUCUCUCAACCCAUCAGAAAGAGGUGUCCUCAUCAUCACACACCCACGACACUCUGUUAUCAGAAUCAGAUACCAGUCCUGAGUCAUCCAAAUCUCUAUCAGCAGCAUUGUCCUGGGGAUCCAACAACAUCCCGUUGGAUCGCGUGGAAGUCUCACAAUGCACAUCAGUACCUCGCCCCAGCUCAGUAGAUGAGGCUCUACAACAUCUAUUUUCGAAAAGGUUGCUAGAUAGCUAAGCCGUACCGCGGACACAAUUUUCGGAUUUACGUACGACUCGGAUAUCCAUGUAAGAAGGGAAGCGAUCCCUCUUACAAGUUACAUCUUCAAGGUGUAAUGGACUUCAAAUCACAUAACUUCCGAUCUGUUCAUCUUUUAUGAAUUUGUUACCUUGAUACAUAGGUUGUUCCGACUUUACUCAUUCUUGCGCUCGGUGUAGUUCCGUACUCGUUUUUCACCCUUUUCAUUUGAUCUCGCUGCUUCGUAUGGACUUACGAAAUACCUCAAUCUUAUUUUUCCUUUCAUCCACGAGGAUCUGUAGCAUGGGCAUGAUUAUUUCGUGACUGCCAUGGUUUGGACUCACCGCUCGACAUUGUACUUCCAAUCCUUUUCUAUUCCGGAAUAGCCACGCAGAUUAUCGUC